UGCCACGAUCCCUAUUUGACUUCCCCGGAAUCUGAGCCGUCGAUUUACUUAAAUCCCGCCACUUCCGGCAGACAAUAAUAAAUGGUGAAGUGCUGGAAUGGCGGUAAUGGACUACUGGGCAUCCGCCGGCUUUGCUCCGGCGGGUGGGCGCCGAGGAUUUUCCGUCGACGGGAAAAGCUGGUUCGCCGGUGGAACGCGUUUUUCCUUGUGCUCUGCGGAGUUGCUCUGCUAGUGGAUCCUCUGUUCCUCUACAUCCCUCGAAUCAACAGCGUCCAGAACCACUGCGUCGAUUUCGACAGAAGCCUGGCGACAUUUUCCACGGCACUGCGCUCCGUCGUCGACUUUCUCUACUUGAUUCGCAUCCAUUUCCGGUUCCGCACCGCCUUCGCCGCUCCGUCUUCGACGGUUUCCGGCGCCGUCGAGCUGGUAGAAGAUGGGUCCGCAAUCGCCCGCAGAUACUUGUUUUCCUUUUUCCCCGUCGACCUCGUUUCCCUCCUUCCAUUCCCUCAGGUGCUAGUUAUAGUAGCUUGGUUCAUGAAGAAGGCCAGGGGAUCAGGAACCUUGACGGCGAUUACAGCACUGCAGCUGGGGGUUUCCCUUCAAUUGGUGCCUAGGGUAUGCAGAAUCUACCAGCUGAAUCAGGAAGUGAUCAAGACUUCCUAUGCCAUAAAAAAAGGUGCAAUUGCUAGGACUGUCAUGACCAUCUUUCUUUACGUUGCUGCUGCUCAUGUCAUAGGAGCAUUCUGGUACUCGCUAUCCAUACGCCGUCAAAUGGAUUGCUGGCGAGCAGCCUGUGAUAGUCAAACUAGUGGCUGUGUUUACAAUGCGAUAUUAACUUGUGGGAAUGACAGAAACUCUCCAAUGAAUAAUAGCUCAACAUCAGUGCUUCUGGAACAGAGUUGCCCCACAGGUUCAGGAGUUGCAGGAGGUUCUUUGCAGAUUAUCAACUAUGGGAUGUUCGCAGAUGCAAUUAACUCUGGUGUAUUGAAGUCAUUGCAUUUCGAGAGGAAGUUGCUCUACUGCUUUUGGUGGGCUCUCCAAAGUCUCAGGUCAGUUACAAAUUUUCCACUGAUUCAAGUUACUAUACCAACCUUGAGCUGGUAUAAUAAGGAGUCGAGUAUCGUGGAAAAUGAAUUGAUCUUACAGUGUUUGAACUGCAGCACUUUAGGUCAGAACAUCAAACCAAGCCUGGACAGUACUUGGGAGAUAUGCUUUGCAAUCGGGAUUUUCGUUCUUGGGUUGUUCUUAUUUUCUCUUGUCAUCGCUGUCAUUCAGACAAGGAUUCUAACCACGACGAUACGAAUGGAGGAGAUGAAGAUGAAAUGGGAAGAUGUGGAGAAAUGGAUGUCUUCCCAUUUUGUCCCUCAAGAGUUAAAGAGACGAGUCAGGCGACAUGAAGAGUACAGAUGGCGAAGGCAGCAGGGCGUCGACUUCCAUGAUCUGCUACGCAGUCUUCCCAAGGACCUGAGAAGGGACAUGAAGCGCCAUCUCUGCCUAAACUUGAUCAAGAGAGUACCAAUGCUGGAGAAGCUGGAUGAGAGAAGACAGGAGGAGGUGUGCGAGCGCUUGAGGCCAGUUCUGUACACAGAAGGAAGCUGCAUCAUCCGGGAAGGAGACCCGUUGGAGGAGAUGCUUUUCAUUGUCAGGGGAAGUAUGGAAUCGUCCAAAAGUACCUCUGCAGGCAUCUUCAACAAUGAAAUCCUCGAAGGUGGCGACUUCUAUGGCGAUGAGAUCCUGAAAUGGGCUACACUAACAGUAGCAUCUACUUGUAAUUCUUCCUUGCAGCAGCGGCCUGCAGUUUCGUCCAGCCUAAUGAAGCUCCCCGUUUCCUCUAGGACUUGCAUCACGCUUACUGAAGUUGAAGCCUUUGCCUUGUCUGCUGCUGACUUGAAGUCCUCUGUCACUAAUAUUGCUUCUGAGCUUCAAUUGAAAGACCCAAUUCGUUGGAGGUCGAUUUGAACAUUGUUGUUGGAAGUGGCUUUUAAUUGAAAAGAAGAACGGUUCGUGCACCAUCACAUCCCCCUAGUAGAUAGCUUGAAUGCUACUACUAACAACGACGGAUAGGCAUUUAGCCAUUUACGAUUAAGAGCUCGUGUGAUGGCUUUGUUGUCUAUGUGGCUAACCGAUUCGGCUAUUAAGCUUGUUCCGGUGCAAGUGGCGGUGGAUUCGUUGUCCCAAAAGUUGAGCUAUGGCAACGAGUAGGUCUAGAGGUCAUGAGCAUUAUAUGAAUCCAUA